GACAAAAGGGAUGCGUGGAACACUAUUAGAGGAAUGGGAAGAAAAAACAAAAUUAACAGAGAAAGAACAACAAAGUAUAUAUGAUUUACAAGAAGCUUGUACAGAAUUACCAUUACCUUCUAAUUGGUAUUUAAGUGAUAAAUUAUCUAGUUCACCCUAUGCAACAUCUUCAGGAGCAUUGACACCUGUUCCUUUUACAGCAUCACCACCUAAUCCACAUCUUUUAUCUACACAACUUUUAUCACGCACCUUAUCCAGUACUAGUCUUGUCGAAUUCCGUCAACAAGUAGCGCAGACGAUUAAUGCACCAAAACCUAUCGAGACCCUUCAAGAAUUCUUUGACUGGUUUGCAAUGAUUGAAAAUGAAAUGCAGAAAGGUCAAGAAGAUGUAUACCGUAAUCAUCUAUCUAUUGUCAGGAUCUACAAGGAAAGUACAGAAGCCCUUUUAAAGAGUCUUGAGGAAACAAACGGGCUAUUUGAUGAACUCGAGCACCAUUAUUCAUUUGUAGAGAUGAGAACAAGGUUAGUUCAAACAGCCUGUGAGAGCUUGCUGGAAGAUCAAGACCGCUUGACAGAAUUGGCAGACGAACUUCGGGAACGACUAUCGUAUUUUAAUGAGUUGGAACCGAUAGCCAAGUUGCUUAAUUCCCCAGGAGAGGAUAUCUGUUUAGAUAAACAAUUUACACCCAUGUUAGGAAAAUUAGACGAAUGUAUAGAAUAUAUGAAGAAGCAUCAAGACUAUCGUGAUUCAGAACUGUAUUUGAUGCGAUUUCGUCAAUGUUUAACACGUGGAAUUUCAUUAAUUAAAAUGUAUGUUGUAUCGACCAUCAAAAAAUUAGGAUAUGAUGUAUAUAAGCAAGCCAAUGCAAAAGAUAAUCUAGGAAAUAAACAAGCUACAAUGUAUUAUGUGAAAUUCAGGACAAUUGCUUUUACAAUUAAAUCAUUGACAGCUGAAGUUGAAAAACGAUGUUUAAAUAAUAAAGAAUACCAAGCUUUAUAUGAAGAUAUGGUAUAUGCUUAUGUUCAGACAAGACAACAGCUUUUAAGCCCCUUGAUUUCUAAAAAAAUUCAACAAUUAGGCCCAAAUGAUGGAGAUAUAUUAGAGCUUGCAAAAAAUGGAUGUGCCUACAUGAUGAGUCUUUGUUCAGAUGAAUACAACUUGUUUUAUAAUUUCUUUCAAAAAACAGGAGAAAAAGAUUUAUAUAAAUAUUUGGAUUUAUUAACAAGCUAUCUUUAUGAUUAUCUUCGUCCAAGAAUUAUACAUGAAAAUGAUAUAUCGACUUUAUCAGAACUUUGUAACUUAUUCUUAAUGUAUGUUAUGCAGGAUGAAAAUGAUUUUGCUAUUGGAGUGACAGAAGAUAAGGAUGAAGUUAAAUUUGGUCAUUUAAUACAGAAUAUAUUAGAAGAUGCUCAAGCUCGACUCGUAUUUAGAGCACAAAUGUUUAUUUAUAAUGAUAUUCAAAAUUAUCAGGCAAAACCAGAAGAUUUUGAAAUGAGUCAAAAUAAUGCUACUCAUUUACAAGGUAAUGAUAAGAAAAAAUCUUCAGUUGUAUUGGAUACGAAUGCAGCAGCAUUAUUAGAAGUAACAGCAGAAGAAGACUCAGUAUCGAUUCGGUCUUCUAUAACAGACAAUAAUGAGGAUAUAGUAAGAGGAGGGUAUCCUACAUUACAAAAGACACUAUGGGUUUUAUCAAAACUAUAUCGAUGUAUUCAAACGAGCGUAUUUCAAGAUUUGGCACAAGAAGCUGUAUCUCUUUGUAAUACAUCACUUCAAAAAGCAAGUGAUACUCUUUCAACUCUUAAGUCUGUACUUGAUGGUCAAUUAUUUUUGAUAAAGAACCUACUAGUGUUAAAAGAACAACUUGCUCCAUUUGAAGCUAGUUUAGUUCAUGCAGGAAAAGCUCUUGAUUUCUCUCAUGUCACAAAUUCAUUCUCAUCAUUUCAACAGCAAAGGGCACUUUUAUUUAACCCAAAUGCAUUAAUAGGAUUAGCACAACGUGGUAUGCCUCGUGUUGUUGAAAUCAAUGUAGAUUCAAGACGAGAAAUUGAUUUACAAAUCAAAAGAGUAUGUGAAGCAUUCAUUCAUAACUGCGUCAGUAGUUGUGUUGAACCACUUACUACAUUCCUUAUCAAGUUGUCUACCAUUUUACCACCAGAAGCUUUACCUACAUCUUUAGUUGACUCAUCUACACAGCAGCUAAAAGGCAAAGAAGUACAAGAAUCGGUACAACAAUUUAUGGAAGCAACUGAAGAACGCAUGAAGUAUAUGACUAGAAAACUAAGAGAAUAUAUUAACGAUGAAAAAAUGGAGCAUAUUUUAAUAAAGCCAGUACAAACAAACAUUAUCGAACAAUAUAAAUCGUUUUUAAUUAGAAUCGAAAUUGAACUGAAAGAAGGAGGAAGGAUAGAAAAGAUGGAGGAAAAGCCAAUGUCACCUGAAUCAAUGGUUGUUUGGAUUACAACAGUUAUCAAAGAUCAAUAAAUAAUAUACCAAGAUUUAAACUAAAAAAAAAAAAAAAAAAA